UUCCGUUGCACGCGGUUCGCGUUUCGGUGUUGUGUGUCGUUGUUUUGGGUCCAUCGGAAUUUGCAUCUAUUGCUGGCAGCUGAAAACGCGUUCCGAUCGAUCCUGAUGCACGGUGGUACUGAAUCUUGCAGCCAAACAAAAAAAAAAACGGUGCUACCAUAGCCAAUGUGCCCGUGUAAAGAUCGACCCAGUGUUUCGUCUCCUGUUGUUGUUCUUGCUGUUGCUGUGUGUGUAUGUUUGUGUGUGUUGAAAGCUCGUGCUUCCGUGCGUGCUCGCUAGUGCGUGCCAGUGUGUGAGGUAAGGGCAGGUGAAACGUACGUGUGUAUCUCUCGAUUGCGGGUGGUUGCGCUGCGUGUGUUUGUGUGUGUACGUAGGCAACGACGUGCAGAGUGUGCCAGUCAGUGCGCUGGGAAACGGCAAAAGCAAUGUGUGCGAAGCACAAAUGUCAGUGAAGCUCUCUCACUGUCUCAUUAUCGCUCUCGCUCUCGCUUUCCCAAUCGCUUCGCAAGCCUGAACGAGGCAAAGCUCUCUCGUCAGCAGCGUCUCAUGCUCGCCGUUCACUUCUCAUCGCUUCUCACCACCGGUGAGAAGCUGCUGCCCCUGCUGCUCAGCUGCGUGUGAAUCGGAAUUUAUUUGUCGUUGGCGUAAUUUUUCGGUGCGGGGUUUGCGCGCGGGUGCGCUUUACCUGUACUACACUAAACCCGUACGCGAGGGAAAAUGAAGCGAAAAUAUUAGGAAAAGUCUAACCACCUUUCUCCCCUACGAUCUGCAGUGUGCGUUGCGUGUGUGAGCAAGUGCUUGCGUAAGCAGUGGCGCAUUCGGUUAAAUCGGGAUAGGGAAGCAUAUGCCGGUUUCGGGCCUUGCCGUGUAUCCUUGCGAGAGACCGCGCGUGUGUGUGUGUGUGUGUGUGCGCCCCGUAUCCUUCGUGGUGUCUAUUGAUUUUGAUGCGCGCUUUAGCCAAGUGUGUGGUUCCGUGUGUGCGGCUGCUGUGUGCUUUUAGUUAGUGUCGCGUUUAUGGGUUGGAUUACGGCAAAGCGGGUCGGCUGCGCUCCCAAUUGUGUGUGUGUGUAAAAAGAAAAACGGGAUGUAAAAUUGGGUCGCUCGCUUCGGGCGGCAGGGUACCGUGCUAAGAAGUAAAAUCCAUUCGGGUUCGAAACCAUCUGUGAAGUGCUGGCGAGUGGGAAAAAGAGAGAAAAAGAGCGAGCGAGUGAGCCGUACGGGAAAUGAAAAGCACGUGGGAAACGGAAAACGGGUCCUGUGUGUAUGUGUAUGUCUGUGUUGUUCGCACACGGUGGUAAAUCGGUCGUAGUGAAAAGCGUUCGCAAUUGAAGAAUUUUCCUCCUUGAAAUUGUACGAGCAGAGCCGCGACAGCGCAAAACAAAUAAAAAACGGAAUAAGAAAAGGCAUUCCCACCCAAACGCCACCACCACCCACAUCUCCUACUCCGAUCAGAGCGAUUGACAUAAGCCGAAAGCCGACACCGAGAGAGCUGCUGAGGAAACGGAAACAAAAAAAUGUAAGUUCACCGAUCGCCGGGGAUUCGGUUCGAUACGACGGGUAGUAGCCGGAUCACAGCUGGAAUUUCGAUUCCUCCCACCAUCGAAGAACAGAGAUAGUACGUGAGCGAUGCCGGUACCGGUGUGCAAAUCUGAAUGUGUGUAAUACGAAACAGUACACAAUGCCCGUAAAAGACACACGCCGGUUUCGUCAUCUUCGCCGACGGUGUUAACCCGACGUCCCGCGCAAUCAACGGACCGCUCAGCACGUUCUGGUGCAACCGGCGCGAGCCGCCAAACGCGUUAGCAAUGGCCGGUGAAAGUCCACCGAGACGACUGUCGCAAAUAUUCGACCCGCUCAUGAGCCUUAGCGAGCUGCAGGCUCAGAUACAGCAGCAGCAACACCAGCUAGCCCACCUCAAGUACGCUGGCGGCGGCGGCGGAGGAGGCGGAAGUAGCAGCAGCGGCUGCCCAACCCCACCACUCGUAGCGCAUCCGCAGUGCGCGAUGGGAGCCAUGCCACAGAUGGCGUCCUCCUCCUCGGCGCAAACCUUUUCGUCUUCCUCCACGCUACAGCAUCACCACGGUGGUGGGGUAGGUGGCGGUGGUGGUCAUCCGAAUGGUGGUGCCGCAGGGUACUACAAUACUACAGCGUCCUCCUCCACUUCGCUCUCGUCCGUAUCGAACCAGAGCACGAAGCUUAGCUCGAGCAGCAGCACCGGAAGCUACAUCGGUGGAACGCUCGGUUCCGGUGGUAGUGGUAGCGGUGGUGGAGGAACAGGCGGCGGAGGGGGGCUUCCAGUACCUCCGCCGCACGUGCUGGGCAGGAUAAUGAUGGGCUCCCGUUCGACACCGAACAGUCCACGGUUGAUGAGCCGCCGGAAUGGGAGCGGAUCGAAGCCACCGCCCGUGCCACAGAAACCGACCGCAGCGUACAUCGCCAACCCGUCGCUGGUUGCGCUCGACUGUGAUGCUCCGUGGCCACCGCUCGGCAACCUGGGGCCCGAUCCACUGUCGAUGGUCGACGGGCAUCAUCAUCUCGGUGCUGGCGGAGGAGGUGGAGGAGGAUAUCUACACCAUCAACCCGAGAUCAAUUGGCAGGAGCGAUGUUUGGAGUUGCAGCUGGAGCUGCAUCGAUCAAGGAACCAGGCCGGUCGUGUACGGGACAUGUUGCGGGAAAAGCUCUCCGAACUGGAGCAGCGCGUCAUCGAAGCUGAGGAACGAGCUGAAGAAGCUGAAGAUAAGGUGCGGGCCAUGGAGCAACGACUGUGUGACUGGCCCAAGUCACCGAACUUAACCGGGCCGUCACCCUCACCGAGCAGCAAUCCUGCCGCAGCAGCAGCAGCAGGAGCGCAGCAAGCGAUCGCGGCAGCAGUGGGCGCGGGACCUCCCGGUACCGAGCAGCCACCGAAGGGUACCGAUCCGGUGAAGAUCAGUCAGCUCGAGUCGGCCAUCGAGGAGCAGAAGCAGCUCCGCUUGCAGGACGCCCGCCAGGUCGGUGCCAAGGCGGCCAAAAUCAAGGAGUGGGUCACGAACAAGCUGCGCGAGCUCGAGGAGCAGAACCAGCUGCUGCGCGAGCAGAACAUCAAGUGCAACCAGCAGCUCGAGCUGCUGCGCAACCACAUUGCGACGCAGAGCACCCGGCACAGUAGCGUCGCGCCGACGCAGCCCGUCCGCACGAGCCUGAGCCUGGACGUGCAGGACGUGAAGCGGCGCAGCGGCCGCCGGCGCAGCGAAUCGCUAGACCCGCCCGAACACCGGUCCCUGCACGCCGGCAGCUCCGGUUCCGGCUCGCACCACCAUCCGCAUCACCAUCAUCACCACCAUCACCAUCACCAUCGGCGCAACCUUUCGAUGGAACCGCAGGAACUGGCCCGCGACUUGGCGGCAGCGGUCGAUGGUUUGAACCUGCUGCCGCUUAGCCAGCAGCAGCCGCACCAGUCGGUGGCCGCUCCGGCCCAGUCCCAGGCGUCGGCCCACGCGGCGCAUCAGCAUCACCCGCAGCCGCACCAUCAGCAUCCGGCACCGCCACCGCCGGGCAUGGGCGCCAGCCCCGGCUCGGACGUGGACGCCGUGCACGACUAUGCGGAAAUCUAUACGCCAUCGCGCGAGAAAGCCCCGGCCUGGUUGAAGGGGCUGCCGAGCGGUGGCUCGAGCACGACCACGUCCGACUCGGUGGCCGAUCUCGGUACGCCAAGGCCGCCGACGCCGCCGCUGCAUCGAUUCCCCAGCUGGGAGGCGAAGAUCUACCAGGUGGCGAACGAUGGGCUGGCGGGCGCUGGCAGCAAUGGGGCGGCCGGUGCUGGGGAGGAAGCCGAGUCGCAAGAUCAGGAGUCCGGUUCGGGCAUGACGGCCAGUGUCGGGGGCGGUGGUGGCGGCAAUUCCCGCUCGCAGACCGUAUCCGGCGGCUACUGUGAUAUCAGCGUACCGGUGUACGCCACCGUCAAGGGGCGUGCGUCACAAAUCCGCUCGAUGCCGUUUACCGGCGAUUCGAGCGACGACAGCAGCGACGGGGAGGACGGCCACGGGGCGAUGCUCACCUGUGCCACCUCGACGCACAACUCGCACAACUCCACCAGCACGGACAACACGGAGACGAGCACGUCCGGCAGUGCCUCUAGUCCCUCGAAGAGCCUCAAAACCUCCUCUAGUCUCAGCCCGGCCAAGCGGUCCGGCUCGGAAAGCCCAAAGAACAAAGGCCGCGCUAUUUCCGAACUGUCCUUUGAAUCAGGCCUCUCGGACGACUACGCCAUCCCGCCGGACGCGGUGUCGACGGUCGACACGACCUGCAUGGACGCCUCGAUGCCGUCGCUGCUGAUGCGCACGUCGUACGCCGACUCGCCGAACAAAAAGAUGGAAACGCUCGAGAAGGUGGGCCACCUGGCGAAGCUGGGCGGCAAGCUGAAGACCUGGCGCAAGCGCUGGUUCGUACUGAAGAACGGCACGCUGACGUACUGGAAGAGCCAGCACGACGUGAACCGGAAACCGCAGGGCCAGAUUGCGCUGGACGAAGCGUGCCGCAUCAAUCGGGCGGACGGUGCGUCCACGUUCGAGAUUGACACGGGCAAGAAGGUGUACUACCUGACGGCCGACUCGAACGCCACGAUGGACGACUGGAUACGGGUGCUGCAGAAUGUGCAGCGAAGGAACGCCACCAAGCUGCUGCUGAGCCGGGACGACCAGAAACCGACGGUGCAGGGCUGGGUGACGAAGGUGAAGAAUGGGCACGCGAAGAAGUGCUGGUGUGUGCUGCUGGGGAAGAUGUUCCUGUACUUUAAGGCACCAGGGGAAACGAAUCCACUCGGCCAAAUUAACAUGCGCGAUGCACGCGUCGAGGAGGUGGAGCAUGUGUCCGACUCGGACUCGGAGGAGCGUGAAGAUCCCGCACAAAGCCAAGCACGGCUCACCGUUGCCAUCUAUCCUCAGCAGCAGGGAGUGGGCCCGACGUACUUGAUACUGCCCGGCAAGCAGGAACGCGACAACUGGCUGUACCAUCUAACGGUCGUGUCUGGCGGUGGACCUAACGCCGGCACACAGUACGAGCAGCUAAUACAGAAGCUCAUGGAAACCGACGGUGAUCCAAACUGUGUCCUCUGGAGACAUCCGAUCCUGCUGCACACGAAGGACAACAUCACCUCACCGCUAACCUCACUCCAUUCCGAAACGCUCCAAGCGGAAGCGAUCAAACUGUUCAAGAGCUGCCAACUGUUCCUUUCCGUAGCGGUCAAUCAGCCCGGCAUCGAUUAUCACGUGGUGCUGGCCCAGAACGCCCUCCAGCAAUGUCUGGACAUGCCCGAGCUUCAGUCGGAGCUGAUCUGCGCACUGAUCAAGCAAACGUCCCGCCAUACCGGCCAGAAGCUGGGUGUAGGUGUCCAGGUAAACAAGAAACUGGCCAAACCCGCUCGUCAACUACUGCUUUGCGCAACCCAGAGUUUGUUCACUUGCGAUACGCAGCAGGGCAGCGUUGCCCAAGCGAAUGGGAGCUCACCCACUUCCAUUCAGGCUCCCACCGUACCUCCGAUCGAUUGCAAAUCGAAUCCACCGAGCUACACCUUCAUCCAGGGCUGGCAGCUGUUAGCGUUGGCCGUUUCCCUCUUCGUUCCUAAAAAUAGUCGCUUACUGUGGUACUUGAAGCUGCACCUGUCCCGCAAUGCCGACUCGAAAACGGACUGCGGCAAGUAUGCGGCGUACUGUGAGCGAGCGCUCGAGCGCACCAUGCAGAACGGGGGCCGCGAAACGAAACCUUCCCGCAUGGAGGUGCUGUCGAUAUUGCUGAAAAACCCGUACCACCAUUCGCUGCCCCACGCCAUCCCGGUGCACAUGAUGAACACCACCUACCAGGUGGUUUCGUUCGAUGGCUCGACCACGAUCGAAGAGUUCCACGGUACGCUGGCGCAGGAGAUCGGGUGCCGGGAUGCUACCAACGGCUUCACGCUGUUCAGCGACGAUCCGAUCGAGAAGGACCUGGAGCACUACCUCGAUCCGCAGGCAAAGCUUUGUGAUGUGAUUUCCAAAUGGGAGACGGCACUGCGCGAGAAAGGUUCGGGCAAGUUUGAAAACUCUCGCGUCAUACAGCUGACGUACAAAAACCGGCUUUACUGGAAGCACGCGGCCAAGCUGGAGACGGAAAAGGAGCGGCUGCUACUCUGCUACCAAGUAAACAUUCAAGUGGUACAGGGACGAUUCCCGCUGUCACGCGAUUUAGCGCUCGAGCUCGCCUCGCUCAUGGCGCAGAUCGAUAUGGGCGACUUUGCGUCGGACAAAUCGAAAACCAACUCACUGCAGGCGCUGGACAAAUUCUACCCCUACCGCUACCGGGACGCGCUCAACCAGGAAGGGCUGAAGGAGCUGCAGGAGCUGCUCUCCGCCAAAUGGGCACUGCUGCGCGGGCGCUCCGUACUGGACUGCGUGCGCAUCUAUCUGACCUGUGCCCGCAAGUGGCCGUUCUUCGGGGCGGCCCUAUUCCAAGCGAAACCGCGCCACUCCGACCAAGCGAUGGCUUGGCUGGCCGUGUCCGAGGAUGCGCUCAGCGUGCUGGAGCUGUCGUCGAUGGCCACCAUCGCCCGCUACCCGUACAGCUCCGUGAUGACGUUCGGCGGCUGUCAGGACGAUUUCAUGCUGGUGGUCAGUGCGGAAGACACACUGCAGUCGGCUAGCAACGAGCAGAAGCUGCUGUUUGCGAUGAGCAAACCGAAGAUACUGGAAAUUACGCUGCUAAUUGCGGACUAUAUGAACGCGCUGGGCCACACCCUGCCCGGCACGCCCCAGAUGAACACGCUUACCCGUAAUGGCAGCCAUCGAAGCAUACGAUCCCGCGCACUGCCCGGUUCGCUGACGGGAACACCCGCCCACAACACGCUAAACUCCCACGCCACCCACGCCAACAACACGCUCACCUCCCACUCGCACACCCUCAACUCCCACGUCAGCCAUACGCUCAGCUCGCACGGGCAGCCGGAUAUCCUGAAAAGCACACCGGACCAUCAGCGGCACAAGUAGAGAGGUGGGACCAGUCCAUCCUUACCACGGCGACGCGUUUUACGUUUGAGUUUUGUGACUUUGCAACCAACGUGCUUUGUUGGUCCGUUGAUCGAUGUUUUUGACUGCGGUGUUGUGCCGUACUUGGGUGUGGCCACUUUUAUCGAUCCAUCAUCAUCAUCAUCAUCAUCAUCAUGAACGACGAGGAUAUCAUCUGAUCGAGCUUACCCGAGAGCGGCUUUUGCAGCUACUGACAUUAUCAUUAUCAGCAUGAUCAUCAUUAUCAUUAGCUUUAGCGCAGUGUAGUAAAAUUUUCACCUUGCUUUUCCUCAUCUACGCCCUGAUGGGGAUGCAAAGCGCAUUUAUCAUUCGAAGCAUCAUCAUCAUCAUCAUCAUAAUUACCUAUUAAUUAACCAGUUCGGUUGUAUUAACCAGCUCGGCCGUUACACACUGUGCUAUUUUAGUUCAUCUUUUCGUCUGUAUCUUCAUGUCUUGUCAUAGGGUCCUUUUGUAGGUUUAACGGACGAUCCGGAGCCCGGUGAAGGCGUGUAUUGUGUAAUUUUGUGUGUGUGUGUCUGUAUACUUUAUAGCGCCGAGAUCGAGUGGAUCCCGCCCAUGUUUUAUGUUUUGCGUUUACGAUACAUUUUUUUUAAAGAUUAUUUAAACUAAGUCACAAAACUUAACCAACUCAACAUUCCUCUCGACGAUGCGUUGUUGGCUACAGGGAAAAACAGAAGCAGAAACGAAUGAAUCUUUGCGGGAACGCCCAGAGGAGACGCGAUAUUAUUACCCAGGAUAGUUAGUUUUGUUUGUUUGUUUAUUUUAAACUUUGCCAAAGUGGAUCGGUGCACUAAUAUUAACGUUUAGUUUAAGGUAGUUUCGAGUACAUUCGUGCAUUUAAUUGUAACAUAGAUGGGAGUGCAACCUAUACGAUAGGGUGAUUUUUUUUAUUUGUAUGUCUUUGUUUGAGUUUUCGCGCGUGUGUUUGUUUGUGUGUGUGUAAAUCCACCCCACCCAUUUCCCGGGUUUCUUAAAACCAAACCCAGCAACAUUAGUGGAACAAGUUUUCUAAUUCAAUUAGGGUGCUCAUUAGAAGGAAAACGCUCCUAGGUGUUGUAGGCAUAAGCAAUGCAGGGUUAUUUUAAUUUUAAAUCAACUUACGACUCAUUCAUCAUCGAACGUUUACGCUUGAAACUCGAUCAGCCCUCCCAGUGGCUAUUGACCAUUUUACCGCUAUACCCUUUUUUGCAAUAGACCCUAAACGAACUUCCCUUCCGCAAGCCCAACUCACGGGGAUGUGUAAAGGCCUUUCUGUGCGCGACAAUGGACGGUGCGGUGCGAGCGUAAUACAGUACACGAGAGGAAAGAAAUAAUCAUUGUGAUCGAAUAGAAGUGUAAUAUGUAAAAAAAUGGGUAAUAUCAAUAAUCCUAGCUAUGGAGACAGGCACGGGCAAUGAAUGUAUGUAGGUGGAACCAAAAAGGUUGAAAAGAAAGAUAUUAUGCGCAACAACCCUACCAGUAGGAAAGGAGGAAUAGGAGAGUACGAGUUGUUCGACAUGGGAGGAGCGUUCGGUUUUGACGCUUGCGACACUAUGCUCGCGCGCAAAUUGGUCACCAUUUAGAAUAGAAGCGAAUGAAAUCGGCGUAAAAUCAUCCAAUCAAAAUUUAAAAGCAUCCCGCAAGGCGCGCACACAUGUUAUUAUGGUCCUUUAUGGUAGCACUCAACCACUCACUUACCCUGUAUGUAAUCCCUUACGCCCUGCAAAAAAAAACACUCGUAAACGAAAUAGUCAUCGAUCGUAAGCAGCAGCACUGAACGAUACGAUCGUUUCACUAUUGUGAAUGUUGAUGAGGUGUAAAACAAACGGUUUAGAAAGAGCGCGAAGAACCUUACUAUAGAGUGCUAAAGUAGUGUAUACUCUGCCAGUGUCCAGUGUAGUAAUAGGGCAAGCACAUAGCGCCACAGUCAGAUAAUAGUGUGAAACAGCCAAUCUCUCUCUCUCCCCCAGUUGUGUACAGUAGUGAUAGGGAUUUUUUUCGUAGUAGAUCCGGGCAUUGGUCCCAUUGCAGUGCUCGAAAACCAAGGAAAAAACGUACAGCGAAUCCAAAAAAAAGAAGAAGCAGCAACCCCUCGAGAUGGUCCCUAAGAGACCGCAAGGAUGAAAGGAAAGCAGUAGUAGCAGCAGCAGCAGUAGCAAAAAGCAGCUCCACAAAGCACAACUUGUGUUUAGAUGCAACGUUUAGAUGCCGCAAAAGGUCACGCGUAGCUUUCGAAGGAUUUUUGUCCGUAUAGUAGAGCUACAGAGGUGGCCGUGGCCCGGGGUUUUUGGAGCUUUUAUCCUUUUGUGGUCCUUCUUUUUGUAUUGUCUCUUGAAGCAACUCAGGUGCAGCAGCAGUAGGAAGUGUGUUUUGUAGCCCGGCGUGCAGUAUUUGUGCGUGUGUAGUAUUUAUAAGCCGUAGUGGCGAGAGUGUAGAGUAGAAAAGUAGAGAGAGGGGAGAACUCAUAUGGAAACCAGUAGUAGGCAGCGCAACCCAAUAGCAACAAUUUAAAGCCAAAGCGUUGUGCAGGGGUGGUGUCCCUUUUUGCUGCUGCUACUGCUGCUUCAGCUGUUCCUUUCGUCCGGUAUUCUUUUCAUCAUUUCCUUGUUAUUUUCGUGUCAUCAUCAAUAGAAACGCACAGAACGUUUGGCUACGGUGUGGCGUAGCCGUCAUGAAGCGAAGCAGGAAUUAUGUUUGGAUAAGGAAGCAUGAACCAUAAUGAUUUAACUUCAGACUAACUCAGUAGUAGUACCUCUGUUGAGGACAGUGUGUGAGAGAGCGUGUCUGCGUGCUGUCUGCAUUAAGGCCUACAGGAUGGUAAAGCAGGAAGAUUUCGAUGGAAAGUUUAACAAGGAACAGGAAUAUUCAACAAAACACGUGCAACCGAAUCAGACUCGAAGCGAACUCGAAAAUGGAAGUGAAAAAAAAGAAGAUAUUAACCAAAAACUUUAAA